GCUCAAAAUGUGUCAAAAUUUGCAGUAAUGGUUUUCAAUAAUCUAAAUUAUAUGGUGUCUUUACUCCUCUUCUUGUUAUGGGUACGUAUCACUUGUCCGGCCUGGAGAAAACCCCACGAACUACACUUGGGAUCAAAAUCAGCGUACAGAAAUGUAGCAAACCAUAAUUCCAGUGAAAUUAAAUAUGACAGCUGUCGAGCUGUUAAACUAUGGGCUUUAAUCAGACAUGGCACCAGACAUCCAGGCUUCCCGUUGAUACAGAAAAUUAGAACACGACUUGUGGCGAUUAGAGACUUGGUUUUGGAGCUCGUACGAAAUGAAACAAUAGAAAUAAAAAAUGUAGAGUCGUUAGAAUCUUGGACACCUGAAUUCAGUGAAGGGGAAGGAAAGAAACUCACUAGUGAAGGUGAAGAUGAGAUGUUUUUUUUGGGGCAGCGACUGCGGACACGUUUUCCAAAACUUCUGAGGCCGGUUUACAGCAGUUCUAUGUAUCAUUUCAAACAUACCCGUUCCGAAAGAACCGAGAAAAGUGCUGAAGCUUUUGUUAAUGGUAUUUUUGGUAGGGGUGCAGACAAAUACGUUGAAUUUCCAGACACACCGGAGUUUGAUCCCAUUUUAAGGUUUUACAAACUGUGUGACAGGUGGAUGAAAAAUGUUAAGAAGCAUCCAGAUGCUCAAAUCGAAUACGCUAAAUUCCGAAGUGGCAAUGAAACAGCUGAAACUGUUAAAGCAGUUAAUGAACGGUUAGGUCUUGGUAGUUACCUUUCGGUGAAUGACGUGCAUCUCAUGUAUAUGACUUGCGCUUUCGAAACUGCCAAUAAUAAGAAAACAAUAUCACCCUGGUGUUCAGUGUUCACUGUCAAUGAUUUGAUGGUAAUGGAGUACGCUGAAGAUUUGAAACACUACUGGAUAGAUGGAUAUGGAUAUGAACUGAGUUAUAAACAAGCUUGUAAGGCACGGGAUGACUUGAUUGAGUUUUUCACCAGUAAAGAGACUUUUCCUCAAGCAAAAAUUUAUUUCACUCACUCAGGAACUCUACUUAAAAUGUUAGCUCACUUGGGACUAUACAAUCAAAGUCGGCACUUAUUAGCAGAUGACUUUUCUCGAAAUGUUGAUAGGACUUGGAGAGUGAGCCGUAUCGACCCAUUUGGAACCAAUUUAAUAUUUGUUUUAUUUAAAUGCCACGAUGAGCAAAAAAUUUUAACCUUACACCAGGAAAAAGCAGUACGCUUACCGUGCUGUAUGAGCAGUGAUUUGUGCUCUCUCAAACAGUUCUUGGAUUACUACAGUUUCAAGUGUUUAUUCAAAAAAAUAUGUCGAAUCCCAUAAUGUUUUAUUGUGUUAACCUCAUUUUUCUUAAAGUAAAAUAUAC